AUGGGCGUUAACUGGCGUUUACCAGAGACCAGAGCUUUUGUCGUAAGCUCUGCACCGGUUUCACGCGCUGCAAGCAGGUCACCGUGUACCAUGGGCAACCGCUUCUCGAGUUGGGUCUGGUCUGUCGCUCCGCUGCGUUUCUUGCGCUAUCCAUUGACGUCGCGGCGUUCUCUGGAAACCCGUAUGAGCCAGCAGGAUAGCGGACGGUCCUUUUCGGUUCAUCGCACAGGCGAGCGCGCGAGCUCGAGCGUCGCCACUGCGGAGCGGAUUCAGCGGCGUCCGAUCGAGGUUGAGCCUCAAGGCGACGAUAUCGAACCGCCGGAGGGAUUUAUCGCACCGGAACCGCGGUUGUUUCGCGUGCGAAAUGAUCACUUUAUGGACUUUUUCACCGGGGCGUUAGCAAGUCUCGUCCGUGGCGGUAGCGGCGCCUUUGUAACUGGUUACCGUCUACGCAUCCGCGACAACGCACAGGCCCCAGCGCGUUCAUCAUAUGAAACAGGGGAUCGGUACGGUACGACGACGAGCACGACGUCAAGCGAGCGUGACGUUGGUGCACAGAUGCUGGAGCGUCUCUAUGCACGAAUCGAGGAGUCGUCGGCGUUUCUGCCGGCGUCGCGCCCGGCGGCAGGCACGCUCAAGCUGUACGAGUUCGAGGCGUGUCCGUUCUGUCGCAAAGUUCGCGAGGCCAUGUCAGCGCUCGAUCUGGAUGUACUCAUGUUUCCGUGUCCGAAAGGCGGUGAGCGAUACCGUCCGUUUGUGCAGCAACGCGGUGGCAAGGCCCAGUUUCCAUUCCUCAUCGAUGAGAAUACCGGGUUUGAAGGAUACGAAUCGGAUGCGAUCAUCCAGUAUCUGUUCAAGACGUACGGUGAUGGGCGUGUGCCGCUGCCGUUGGCGCUGGGGCCGGUCACGAACGUCAGCGCCGGCAUGGCUACCAUGAUGCGCGCGGGGCGGGGCAUGCGCAAGGCGGGUCCAUGUGCGGUGCCGCGAUAUGCGCUGGAGCUCUGGGCCUACGAAGCAUCGCCGUUUUCGAAACUUGUUCGGGAGCGUCUCGUUGAGUACGAGUUGCCUUACGUGCUGCAUAACGCAGCGCGGGGCUCUGUGAACCGAGAAGUGCUGCGCAACCUCACCGGGCGCGUUCAAGUACCGUACUUGAUUGACCCGAACACGGGCAUUUCCAUGUUCGAAUCUGCUGAGAUCCUCGAUUACCUCGAUAUGACGUAUGGUCCGAAUAGCAAGAAUGUUGGCAAGCGCAGGAAUCGCUCUAGCAGCACUGGGCUGAGUUCCAGUGCACCGCACCAGCAGACGAAGGCCACUGGAACCGCAUCGGCAGCGAUGGGCGUAGAUGCCUCGGCUGCCGCCACUGCAACUGGUGCAGCGGCAACCGCGGUUGCAUCCACUGGUAGCAGCAGUACCGCAUCUGAAUCCAAGCCAACGAAUCUGAAUCCGGAUAUUACGCCCAAGGACGAGAAGCUGGAAGCGUACUGCGCAGAUCCUCAGAAUGUAGACUCGGAUGAAUGCCGCGUCUAUGAUGAUUAG